AAGUUCAACCAAAGCAUUGACAGACAUUGUUUAUAAAUUGAAAUUCAACUAAUUGCAGCCAUUGGACAGUCAAAUUACGCUCACCUCAGAUUAAUUGACAGAAGAAAUCAUUCAAGCUCUAUCAUUACAUGGAGGUUUAACACUUUACCAAAAAGCCUUCGCCUUUACACUUCACCAUGAAAAAAAGGAAUGUCCUUGUCAGGGAUUAUAGUAAAAGGACCAGAAAAUAUCAGCCAUUAAACAUAUCAUGUCAAACAAGUUAUGUUAGGUUGUGAAGUACCAAACGUUUCUUCUUCAGAUCUCUGUGGUCUUUUCGUUGUUGUUCUCUGCAGACUUUUCUAACACAUUUGGGCGAUUGUUGUUGGGGUUGGGGUUGGGGGGUUUAGUUCAAAGAGACCCAAAGAUGGCAGCAGGUGUUAAUAGGAAAAUAUCCGCCGCUUCAGCAAGAGCUCACACUAGAAGAGCCAAGCAAAACGCUUCUUUCAAGCUUCCUUCAGGGAUUUGCACAAAGAUACUAUUGGUCUUGUUUGCUGGGAUAUUGGCAUGGGCUUAUCAGGCUAUUCAGCCGCCAAUACCAAAGACAUGUGGCUCUCCCGAUGGUCCACUGGUCACGGCAUCGAGAAUAAAGCUCAAGGAUGGAAGGUAUUUGGCCUACAAAGAGCACGGUGUUCCCCGAGAUGCAGCAAAGUAUAAAAUUGUCUAUGUCCAUGGCUUUGAUUCUUGUAGACAUGAUGCUGUUGUUGCCAAUACCUUGUCACCGGAAAUUGUUGAAGCUCUCAGGGUCUAUAUUGUGUCUUUUGACAGACCAGGUUAUGGAGAGAGUGACCCUAAUCCAAAACGAACAGUUCAGAGCUUGCCUUUGGAUAUAGAAGAGCUUGCUGAUCAAUUGAGAUUAGGAUCCAAGUUUUAUGUAAUUGGAUUUUCUAUGGGGGGACAGGUUAUUUGGAGCUGCCUCAAGUACAUCCCACACAGGUUAGCUGGGGCAGCAUUGUUAGCUCCAGUUGUUAACUACUGGUGGCCUGGUUUUCCUACAAACUUAGUUACGGAAGCAUAUCAGCAACAGUUACCCCAAGACCAGUGGGCCGUUCGUGUGAGUCACUAUGCUCCCUGGCUUACCUACUGGUGGAACACUCAAAAAUGGUUCCCUAGUUCUAGCGUUGUUGCUCACAGUACCGAUAUUCUUAAUAGUGAGGACAAAAAACUCUUGCCCAAGAUAGUCUCUACUAGGAACUACACGGCAGUAGUAAGACAGCAAGGUGAAUACGAGUCUCUGCAUCGUGACUUGAUGAUCGGAUUUGGGACAUGGGAGUUCUCUCCCAUGGAUCUGGACAAUCCAUUUCCUAACAAUGAGGGAUCGGUGUACAUGUGGCAUGGAGAUGAAGAUAAGAUAGUGCCGGUUAUACUACAACGCUACAUUGCUCAACAACUCCCAUGGAUUCACUACUACGAACUACCAGGUGCUGGACAUAUGUUUCCACACGCUCCAGGGAUGUCGGAUAAUAUAGUGAAGGUUUUGGUCGGAGAGUAGUAGUCUGCAUUUAUAUGUGGAAUUUCCCUUUAUUCCAACCAACAUUGAUACUGCAAACCUCUCUAUAUGGAUUGAAUUCGACAAUUAUACAAGAGAAAUGCGAAGGGGUUGUUUAGUUUUAAGGUAAUGUUUGUUUGACAGAAUAUUUUGUAGAGAAAAUUUUCAGUAUUCUACCAUGUUUGGUUCAGGAAAAUAUUUUACUCCUCAACUUGAAAGAGCGUGUUUCCCUGACAUUUUACAAACUCAUCACUGUUUGCACCUUGUGUUUUUUUUUUCUUCCUCAAAUGAAAUAUAUAUCUUCUUCAACAA